AUGUCUCAUCACUCCAUCCUUGCAUCUUCUGGACACAAGCACUUUAGCUCCUGUUCUGUUGCUUUACCUAAACACUCCAGCUCGCACAGCAUCUUAUCCCAUUCUUCUAAGCACACAGGACAUGGACACAAGAAGCAACAUUGCUUUAGCAGUGCAAGUGCCCAUAACAUUGGAUCCAAGGGACACAAGAUUUCUGUUGGAAAUUUUCAUUCAGGGAAGAGCGGACAUGGAUCUGGAUUUUUCCAUGGAGACAUUGGUCAUGGAUUUGGAGGACUAGCUGGCCAUGGCCAUGGAGGAAUCACCGCUGUUACAGUGAACCAGGGACUUCUGGCUCCUCUAAACCUAGAGAUUGACCCAAACAUACAGAGAGUGAGAACUGAAGAGAAGAAUCAGAUUAAAGGCCUAAACAAUAAGUUUGCUUCUUUUAUUGACAAGGUAAGAUAUCUGGAGCAGCAAAACAAGAUGCUGGAGACCAAGUGGGGUCUUCUACAAGAACAGAAAACAGCCCGGUGUCAGAUUGAACCUCUGUUUGAGGCUUUUAUCAGCAACCUAAGGAGACAACUGGAGAACCUGGAAUGUGAGAGGGCUCGUCUGGAUGCAGAAAGGAACAAUAUGGAAGGAACUGUGGAGGAACUGAAGAGAAGGUAUGAGGACGAAGUCAACAGACGUACAGCUGCUGAGAAUGAAUUUGUAUCUCUGAAGAGGGAUGUUGACGCAGCCUUCAUGAACAAAGCUGAACUUCAAGCUAAGGCCGACUCUCUGACCGAUGAGAUCAACUUCUUGAGAACUCUCUAUGAUGCGGAAAUCGCACAGCUCCAGGCUCAGAUCUCAGACACUUCAGUAGUUGUGUCUAUGGACAACAGCCGAGACCUGGACCUGGACAGUAUUAUCUCUGAGGUCAGAGCUCAGUAUGAAGACAUUGCUAACAGAAGCAGAGCUGAGGCUGAGGCCAUGUACCAGUCAAGGUUUGAGGACUUACGCAUGGCAGCCGGAAGAAAUGGCAAUGACCUGCAAAACAGUAAGAGUGAGAUCGCUGAACUCAACAGAACAAUUCAAAGACUCAAAGGAGAGAUUGAAUGUGCUAAAUCUCAGCGUGCUGCUUUAGAAUCUGCAAUAGCGGAGGCUGAGGAACGUGGUGAAGCUGCUGUAAGAGAUGCCAAGAAUAAACUGGUGGAACUGGAGGCUGCUCUACAGAAGGCCAAGCAGGACAUGGCCCGCCAGAUGAGGGAAUACCAGGAGCUGAUGAAUGUCAAACUGGCUCUGGAUAUUGAGAUCGCCACCUACAGGAAGAUGCUGGAGGGAGAGGAAAGCAGACUUGCUUCAGAUGGCCAUGUUAAUAUCUCUGUUCUACACUCCAGCACUGGUGGAAAGCAUCAUUCAGGAGGAAAGUCCCACAGUCACCAUCAUCAUAAAGGAGGAUUCAGCUCCAACAGCCACAUCUCCAUUGGCAAGCAUCAAUCUAGCCAUGGACAUGGACAUCACUGCUAGGGUCAUGCAUAGUGAAUGAUUUGUCUUUACAGAUAGAAAGCUGUAAUAUAUGUGCAACAACCUAGUUUGUCUAUCUAUGUUCUC